AUGUAUCCACAUAGCAAAUCUUGCUCAAAUUGAAGCAAUUUUCUAGAAUUUUAUGUAAAGAUUGUUUUUUUUUUCUUUUUUUAAUUGCCAGUUGAUCUGAUUCAUAUAUUUUUGGCCUACUUUGAGCAUAAAGUUUAUCUCCAAUGCCAGGAAUCAUCCAAGUUUCAGUUCUGGAAUUCAUGGCGCUUCCAUCAUCACCACCCCUUUCACAAAUGUCCAUAAAGGUUUCCAUGGGAAAAAGAUAUUACCAAACUAGAGAUAAGGGGGAAUUCUCUUUUCCAUUAACUACUCUCCGCGACAAAUUGAUUGUUACACUUCAGGAUGCACAAGGAAAAGAAGUAUCAUAUACAGUUAUUGAGACUAGGUUAGUGAUAGAGAAAGGCAUUUGGGAUGACAUAUUCCAAUUAGAAGGAGGUGGGCAUGUGCAUCUGAAGUUGCAGUUUGUGCUCAGUGAAGAAGAUCGCCAGCGUAUUCGCAUCAUGAGAGAAUCAGCAUUAAGAAAAAAGCAUGAUGAACUUCUCAAAAGUGAACUCAGAAGUUCACCACGUGCUUCUAGUGUUCGUAGUGAUGAUGCAUCCAUUUUGCAGCCCAACCAUGAAGUCUCAGAUUCUCAUAAAAGCCUUCUUCGAAGUGAAGUGAUUCAAGCUGGUCUGGGAUCAACUACUACGUCCAUUCUUUUCAAGAAAAAGUCUGAUCCUGAGGAUAAAGAGGGAACUCAUUCUGUUCAGAAGCAAACAAAACCAAAUGAUACAGAUAGAUACGAAGACACUUUGUCUAUUACACCUGUGUCACAUAGAUUUGAUAUCCGUUUGGAGGGAGUAAGCCAUGCGAGGUCAGUUGAGAAGGAUCCCAUUCAAACUCCUGCAAUACUUAACGAAGAUGGAGCUAAUGACAUAGAGAAGCAGAGUACAAUAAAGAAAACUCCUAGCAAGAUCAGGAAUAUGAUAAGCGCCUUUGAAAGUAAUGUAAAUCAGAAGCAGGAUAUGAAACCUAAAAUAAGGCCAACAUCAAUAAAAUCUGAGUCAGACAAGACUAGAGCUGAAGGUUCUUCAAGUAGACACUUAAAUGAAGUCAAGGUAGAGAAUGCUGAACUAGCACAGCUUUCAGACAGUGUCAGGAAUGCUAUUCAUACAAGGGACUUGGAACUAACCCCAUCACUUAUCAGAGAAAGAGAAGAGCAAAUUGGUAUUCGAACUAAAGGAACAACACAAAAUUUGAAGGAUAAAACCAAAGUUAAGCAGAAAGUUAACAUACAGGAAGAGAAAACAUCUUAUGAAGGUUUUGCAAGAGUGUCAACAAGUGGAAGAGCUUCUGUUUCAGGAAGAAUGCUUAAUGAGAAAGGUAGACACCCAUUGAGAAACUUGAUCGGCAGGAGAAGACUUUCAGGUGACAAAAUAGUCGAACAAAAAAGUGUAAAAGGAAUUCAGCCAAAAGAUAUGCAGCAUCUAAAUAAUCAAGAUCGAGCUUCAUCGAAUGAUCCUUGUCCCUCUGAAUGCAAUGGUGCCUGGAUAUUUCCUGAUGGGGGAAAGAGAAUGUGUAUUACAACCAAUGCAAAACAAAUGAUGAACCUAAUGGGAGGUUUUUUUGCAGAAGCAAAAAAUCAACUAGGAAACUUGACUUCUCCGGUUGCAGAAAAUGCGAAACAGGUAGAAGAAGAUGGUGAGGCUUCUCAAAGAUACAAAGAACCAAAAGUUGAUGAUUCAACAGAUGCUGAAACUCCUAGAGGGCCAGUCGGACAGGUGAUGAGAGUUGUGAUCAUGGUUGGGUUUGCAACACUAGUUCUCUUCGCUAGACAAAGAAAAUCAGAUAAAUAAGGCGAUGGAGCUUUCAGUUAACACCAUCGUGAAAGCAGAGGGACUACUUGUACCAACCAAUUAUGUCGUCAAAACAUUCACAACCUUCUUCUCAGAAAAUGAAAAAUGUGAACUUACAACCUUUUUCACUCUGUACAGAUACGUAAAUAAGUUGGCUUCUCAAUGCGAAGAUUGAAUUUUUAUUUUUUCUGA